GUCAGGUGACGCUUACUCGUGAAUCGUGUAACAAUAAGACAUAUAGAUAGGUAGACAAAUCUAUAAAGAUUGACUCUCACACAUUAUAAAAAGGAUAGCGCAACUUGGUCACUCAUUAUCACCACUCCACAGAUAGCGCUUGAAACUGCUUCUUUCAAAUACUUUUUGAUUCCGGUUCCAAACUGCACAAGAAGGAAAAAUUGACACCAAUUUUGACAUCCUAAAACUAGAAUCUUACAGCAGCUUAACUCUCACAGCUUAAACAGAUGCCAUUCGCCACAAUCGCAGAUUCAAAUCCAAUAAAGCUGUGUGUGGUCAUUGUUGGCUUGCCUGCGAGGGGUAAGUCAUUCAUAUCACAAAAAAUAGUCCGCUAUUUGUCAUGGCUCUCGAUUCCAACCAAAUCCUUCAACUGCUCUACAAACUUGGAGCAAAUCCUAAAAGAAUCAGGGACAAAUGCAGACGAUCUUUUUCGGUCGAAUUAUUCUCCUGAUGGUGAAAUACUAAAUAAGACCAGAGACAUAACUCUGGAGCAAAUAUUGGAUUGGUUUGGACUUGUUGACGCUUGUGGUGUAGCAAUAUACGAUGGGAUAAAUGCGACUAAGGUCGAAAGAGACCGCCUAAACAAGACACUGCAAAGCCAUGAGAUCAACACUGUUUUCCUAGAAGCUUAUUGUGACGAUGAAUCAAUAAUAGAGACCAAUAUAACCGAUAUAGAUUCAACUUCUCCAGAGUAUUCAAAGUUUGAAUCAUUAGAAGAUACCAUAAACUCGGUUUCAAAUAAAAUUCAAUUUUACAGCAAAGCUUACCAGACAUUGACUACAGAAGAUGAAGGCGAUUUAUCAUUUAUAAAAUUGAUAAACUUUUCUUCUCAAAUCAUUUUGAACCAUAUUGACUCUUAUCUCAAAUCACGUAUAGUUUACUAUAUUAUGAAUUUGCAUGUUAAAAAUAGAUAUAUUUGGCUGUCCAGACAUGGAGAAUCUCAGUAUAAUCUGGAGGGUAAGAUAGGUGGUGAUGCAAGUUUGAGUGAGCGUGGUGUUAAGUAUUCAUACAAGCUGGUGGAACUUGUCAACAAAUACAUACCAAAUCACGAUAAGCUAGAAGUUUGGACUUCAACUUUGAAACGAACUCAACAGACUGCCAAAUUUCUUCCAUAUCCACAGAAGCAAUGGAAGGCUUUGGACGAGUUGGAUGCUGGUUCCUGCGAUGGUCUUACAUACGAAGAAAUUGCAGAAAAAUAUCCUGAUGACUUUAAAGCAAGAGAUGACAACAAGUUUGAAUAUAGAUAUCCAGGUGGUGAAUCAUACAGGGAUGUUAUCACGAGAUUGGAACCCAUCAUUAUGGCAUUAGAAAACCAAGAAAAUGUUUUAGUUAUAACACAUCAGGCAGUGUUGAGAUGUAUAUAUGCAUACUUUAUGAAUGUACAUCAGGAAGAAAGUCCUUGGAUGAGUAUACCUUUACACACUCUAAUUAGAUUAGAGAUCAAAGCAUACGGAACACAAGUUACUAGGAUCAAAGCUGAUAUUCCUGCUGUUUCUACCUAUAAGGAAAGGGGCACCUCUAAACUUGGAGAAUCCAGUAAUGGCACAAACAUAAUGAGUGGCUCGGUGAUAAGCGGGAUAACGGACAAAGUUGUUAUUUGAAGGUUUUUAUAUACAGUCGGUUCUAUGUGUUAUGCAGAAAAUGCUGCAAGUAGUGUUAGCUAGGCUUUUUACUCUAAAAGACUGUAAUCAGCGAAGAUAUGUAACACUUCAAUAGCGAAUUUGACACAUUGCAGAAACAUAUUGUAAGCAUGUCAGGCAGCAAUAUGCCAAGUUGAUCAUAUAGAUGAUUGCGAAAUCUAGUUAAGUUUACAUGCCGCCCAAGACUAUCUGGACAACUCAUAAAGUCGACUGUAUAUAUAUAUAUGGUAUAUUUGUAUGUAUUUUUAGUACACAACUACAGAAAACCAUAGUACUUUGAUGCAUGCACAGUCAACAUGCA